AGCUUCAAAUGUAAGCUAGUCUAGUUCGACAUGGCAAAGCAACUUGUAGUAGGCAGGUGGAGGACAAUAAGUAGUUGCUGUGACCCUUCGAUGAUUAGUACUAUUGAAUUCAAUACAAGGAAUUUUCUUUUUUUGAUAUUGUGGAUAACUCUACCGUACACUCGCAGACUAAUUUUCACAAUACUUUCUACAAGAACUAUGCAGUUUUUACUUCAAUUUGUUGAUUGUUCUUUCACCUAAGUAUAGUGAUUAUGAUGAACGAUAAGAAUUUACUGCUCUAUCCUAUGGAAAGGUAAAAAUGAGUCAUUAAAAAUCUCCAAUGGAAGAGGAUUUAAUAUGCCCACACUAGAGAAAAGUGCGGAUUUUUUUAUCAAAACAGGUCCAAUUGAAGCUGUUGUACUUCAUUCUAUUGGUCCACUACACUUUACGCUACUGUUCCUUUCAACUAUUGUUAUUCGAAGAUCUGCCUUCUAUGCCGGCCAGCGAAUGAAUUGUCUUGCUCAGAGGAAUCGAACUGCAUAGAAUUUGCUUUAUACCAACAGCAAAAAGGCGACACAAAUCUAUAUAGAAUUUUCUUUAUACUCGAAUUGUUUGCUACUUUAUGGAAUUACUUUUAUUUAGUAACACUACUGAUCACUUAGUAUAGCUAAAGACCGGCAAGUUUAGUGUGUACGGUGGCAGUUCUACCGAAUUAAACGAACUCAAAAGAUGUCAUCAUCAACGGGACUAAUUGCUAACCCAGGAGACGAAAUUAAAGUAGAUCAGACACAUAGCUACGUCAUCCUGGGCCCAGGACUUCUUCAGGAUGGUCCCAAGCGAGUGGUAGCCACACGCGCCGGCAUUUUACAUUUCAAAAAGCCCCAUACAUACUGGCUAGAAAGUCAUGUAAAAAAAUAUUGGCCUGCAAGAGGUGAUUGCGUUAUUGGUUGCAUCCUCCAAAAGGUCGGCGACAACUUUCGUGUCAAUAUUUGGGGUCCCGAACCUGCAACAUUAUCGGCAUUUGCAUUUGAAGGAGCCACAAAAAGGAAUAGACCGAAUCUUAAACCAGGAGACCUCUUGUACUGUCAGAUAAUAUCUGCACAUACAGCAAUGGAAGCUGAGGUGGUUUGCGUUAACUCAUAUGGUCGCAGAGGGUCGUUAGGUGUUCUUGAAUCAGAUACUUCGACACUCAUUACUCUUCCACUCGAAGUGAUUCAUAUGCUUUUGUCUAAGGAAUGCCCACUGCUAACGACGCUUGGAAAGAAAAUACAGUACGAAUUAGCUAUUGGACAGAACGGAAAGGUAUGGGUGAACGGUAGUACCAUUGAGAAGACGAUGCAAAUCUGCACAGCCCUAAAGGCUUGUACAAAACUAAGUAUUGCGCAAAUUCGUGACAUGUGCCAAAGAAUAGCUGGAAGUUGAGGUGGUGCUGCUGCCAUAAUUGGUAUAUGAAAACAAGAAUAGUCGUUGAACUAAUCAUAAUUGAAACACUCGUAAUUGACUAGCAUGUGAAAGGAAAAAAAAGUGUCACUGUUGUACUUAUCUGUACAUACUCGUUGUGAAUAAAGUUACCUCAAGCCACUGGUACGAGGGUGUUCAUAUUUAAUAUUUCCAAAUGUAAUUAGCAGUGAUUCAUAGUCACAGACACGGUACCCAUAACCCAAUUCCUCUGUUUUUGCUAUAAGUGCGAUAAUCU